AAUUCAGCGUGGUAAGGAGGAAAUAACAAAUUGUCAUUUAAGUGAUUACACGUCGCUGUCAAGUACAUGUUUUGAGGUUUACAUAAUAUAUAGAACUUAAAUAGCCAUAAAUAGCGUACGUAAUUGUCCGUCACGUCGUAGUACAAACAAUUGGAGCGGUACUUCUCAAAUGGAAUACUAAUGAUGAAUUUCCAUUACUGUUUACGUGCAUAUUAAUAUUGCAAUACGUUCAGUUGAAUUUCCAGAUCUAUAUUUGCACCUGAUGAGAGGAUGCUGCGAAGACAUGGAUCCAGAUUCUCUCCGUGCUGAGAUUGAAGAACUGAAGAAACAACUCCAUCAGAAAGAGAAACAGUUAAAUUUACUUGAGCAGAAUGUGCAACUGGAAGAGAUGGUGAAGAAUUUUGAGGGGACAAAACUGAAUAAUGAAGAAAUUGGAAGGUUUAGCAGACAAAUAAUAGUUCCUGGCAUUGGAGUUAAAGGUCAGCUUGCACUGAAAACAUCAUCUGUUCUUAUUGUUGGAGCUGGUGGAUUAGGAUGUCCUUCUGCUUUGUACCUUGCAGGGGCUGGUGUUGGACAUAUUGGUAUAAUAGAUUAUGAUAAAGUUGAACUGAAUAAUUUACAUCGACAGUUACUUCAUUCUGAAGCAAGCUUGGGAACACCAAAGGUUGAAUCUGCUGUGGAAGCCUUGAAAAGGCUAAAUAGUGGGGUACAAGUAACUCCCUACCACAUACAGCUGGACAGUCAGAAUGCUCUGGAAAUAGUAAAAAAGUAUGAUAUAGUUGUGGAUGCCACAGAUAAUGUUGCUACACGAUAUCUUCUUAAUGAUGCAUGUGUCAAAGCAGGAAGACCACUUGUGUCAGGCAGUGCUUUACAGUUUGAAGGGCAGCUUACUGUUUAUAACUAUGAAGAUGGGCCUUGUUAUCGCUGCUUAUUUCCUGUGCCACCACCACCAGAAACUGUUACAAAUUGUGGAGACGGUGGAGUCUUAGGAGCAGUUCCUGGGGCUAUUGGUGUGUUACAGGCACUAGAAGCAAUUAAGAUAAUACUGAAGAUACCAGGUGUUCUCUCACAAAGAUUGUUAUUAUUUGAUGGAUCAUCUGGAAUAUUCAGAAAUGUUCGCUUAAGGAAAAAGAAUCCAGAUUGUGAGGUUUGCGGAGAAAAUCCAAAAAUUACAACUCUUAUUGAUUAUGAACAAUUUUGUGGAUCAAGAGCCAAUGACAAGGAUCAUAAGCUUCAGUUACUAGAUGCUAGGGACAGGAUCACACCUUUGGAAUACAGAAGCUUUCUUAAUGAAGGGAAACCACAUAUUUUAGUAGAUGUAAGACCUCCAAUGGAGUAUGAGAUAUGCCACUUAGACAACGCAAUAAAUAUUCCGCUUGACACAAUAAACAGUGAAACUGUUCUGUGUGACAUAAAGCAACUUAUUGAUGCAAAAAGAAAUAAAAGUUCUUCUCUCCCAGUUAUUGUAGUCUGUCGCCGUGGGAAUGCUUCACAGAAAGGUGUUAUUAAACUGAAAGAACACCUAACAGAAGAGGCAGUGACAAUACGGGACAUUAUAGGAGGCCUGCAUGGUUGGGCAAAUGAUGUUGACAAGUUGUUUCCUGUUUACUGAUGUCAUGCAUACACUGGUUCUUGUACGAAGAUAAAUGGUGGAAGCCUUUUAUUCAAACAACCAAGAUCAUUUUUAAAUACAAAUAAAAUUUCCUGACAGUGCUACUUGGAGGGUUAAUUUAGCAAAAAAUAUGUGAUUCCUAAAUUACACUUUCCCAUGGCAGAGAUUUAACCAUAUUGUACAAGGUGUACAAUUUUGCUUCCGCCAUUUUUUCCCCAACAUUUGAGGCUGUAAUGAAACAAAUUGAUUACACAUGUAUUAUUCAAAGUAUUUUCCGUCACUGGCCACUACUUUCUCCCAUCUUUUGGGCAGUGUAUGAAUCCCAUGUUGAAAAAAUUGUUCAUCUUUUGAAGUGAUCCAUGAAUCGAUCCAAUUUGUGGCUCCUUCAUGAGAUUGGAAGCGUUGGUCAGCCAGGUCAUGUGCCAUUGAUCUAAACAGGUAAUAGUCAGAGGGAGAAAUGUCUGAAGAAUACAACAUGUGGGGUAUGACUUCCCAUUUUAACAUUUCCAAGUAUGUUUUGACCUCUUUUGCAACAUGGGGUCGAGCGAAAUCAUGCUGCAAAACCACUUUAUCGUGCCUCUCGCUGUAUUGCGUCAGUUUGUCGUUUAAUGCUCUGCUCAAAUGCAUUAAUUAUGUUCAAAAAUGAGCACCUGUGAUUGUUUCACGUAGUUUUAACACCUCAUAGUACAUGACGCCGAGCUGGUCCCACCAAAUACAGAGCAUGAACUUGAAGCCACGUGGUAGCAUGGCCGGGAUAUCCUCAUGAUUUUUUUGCAUUUAGGGUUAUCAUAAUUAACCCAUUUUUCAUCCAUGGUCAUAAUGCGAUGCAGAAAUCCCUUCCAUUUUUGCCUCUGAAGCAACUGUUCACAAACACACAAACGCCGUUGACUGUCUUGUGGUUUCAGCUCACAUGGGACCCAAGUUCCUUCUUUCUCAAUCAUUCCCAUAGCCUUGAGACAUUUAGUGUCACUCCCACUAAACAUGCCAUUUCUUCUUGACUUUGACACGAGUCUUCACUCAACAAUGUCUCCAAUUCUGCAUCUUCAAAAACAUUCUCUCUUCCACCACUAUGCCGGUCUAUGACAUUAAAAUCGCCAUUCUUCAAGUUUUGAAACCAUCCAAGAUACAUUCUUUCACUAGUAGCGUCCUUACUAUACAUACUUGAGAGCAUUCGAUGAAGCUCAGCUGCUGUUUUCUUCAUAUUGAAACAAAACAGUAACAGCUCCCGCAAAUGAUGAGAAUUAGGCUCGAAAACUGACAUUUUCAAUCAAGAACAACUUUAUGAUGCAGACACAAAUCGACAAAUGUUUGAAUGAGGUUAUGUUGACCAAGGUCCAAGCUAACUGCCUGACUUCUGUGAUCUCUUUCUUUCAGCCACUACUUACCAUUGUCACCAUCUGUCGGGAAACGGCAGAAGCAGAGUUGUACACCUUUUAGUUUCCCAUGUCAACGUGCAUAAUGCACCUUAUUUUUGCAGAGAACCAAUCUCACUAUCAUUGCAUGUACACUAACAGUUUUUCAAGAGAAACUACAGACACGCAAAUUUACAAGCAGCUGUAAACUACAUCCAGUAAGCAUAAAUUCAAAUGAAAUCAGGAAACAUACAUUAUUACACAAUAAACAUAUGUAACUAAGGAAUAUAUAAAUAAACAAUAAAAGUCAGAUUUCUGUAUUCAAAGUUAAAGGUGUUAAUAUAAUAAUAAUAAUUUCCUUAAAUGGUCUGGGCGUUUCCUUCUGUAUACUCGUUGUACAUACUUCCUAAUAUUAAGGAUUUGUCUACAUUUGUAUACGUGGGAUUUCUAUAUAACUUACAUUUACUUGUAUCAAUGGUACUGAGGUUUUGUGACUUAUGUAACUUCCAUUACACAAAAUAAUAUUUAAUAUA